UAACAUGAAUAAUCUUCAGAUUAGCCAUGGGUUGCUUCGUUUUGGGAUGUAUUUACAACAUAACUAUCGUCAUAUUGAGUGCCUGUGGAAUGUUGCUGAUAGGAAGUGCGGUCUACAUGUUGGAGAUGUUCCCCCAGUACGGAUCUGAACAAGAUAUCACUGAUUUCACUAUCGUUACUAUAGUGGUAGGGUGCGUUACUCUGGCUGCUGGUAUUGUGAUGUGUGUAGCUAUGUGCACAAAGCACAGGUGCAUGUUGUACGUCGUCUCCCUCGCUUCAGUCGUCCUCUUCUGCUUCCAGAUCAGCUCCUUCGUAUGGAUAGCUACUCAGUCGCAAACAGAGAAAGUAGGAAAGCUUAGCAUGGCGUCCUACGAGAAACAGCCUCAGUUCUUUGACCGGGUUCAAGUUGAUUUUGAUUGUUGCGGUAUCAACGAGCCAAGUGAUUGGGCUUCAUCCACGUGGGGAGAGAGCAAUCCUGGCAAAGUUCCAGGUUCCUGCUGUGCUGCCCCAGAGCUGACAUGUGACCUGAACUCUGAGAACAUGUUCACAGUUGGCUGCCAACGACCUCUGUUCCUAUACAUGGAGACAAUGUUUAACAUCAUCACUAUUGCUAUGCUCGUUACUUGUGUAUUCCAGUUCGCUACGAUAUUCAUCUCCUGUUGCGUGGCAAGAGCCUUUAAAGAGGGGUCCUACGACAGUCUGUCAGAGUAAGAGAAGAAGGAAGAGACUGGGAGUUGUCAUAGCAACACUCUAGUAACCAUAGCAACACCCCAGUUAUCAUAGAGACAAUACGAUUUUGUUUUGACUGAAAGUUGUCUGAGUAGCUUGUGACGCUGCUUGAAGUCUCUGUUAUUGCGCAAGCAUGAAUGAUAACCCAUGCGUUAGUCCAUGAAAUUGUAUUUUAGUUAUUUUGUAUUCUGAAUUUACCAGAUUUAACAAAGUUCGUGAAUUUGCAUGCUUUCUUUUUUGUCUUGGUUUCGGAAUUUAUUUUAAAUCUAUUUAACAAUGAUAUUCUUUUUCAUCUUUUGUGUUGUAAUCAUGUUAGUAGGUUCUUAAUAUGUCUAAUAGGUUUUGUUUUAGCAUAAUAAUAAUAAUACAUUGGUUGAAAUUUCUUAUUAGGGUGAAAUGAACUGAACUUAAGACCUUGUUAGUUAUUAUAUUAGGGUUAUUUGCAUAAUUAGGGUUAUUUGCAUAAUUAUGUCUAGUGUCUAUUAAGAGUAUUUCUGAUUAAAUGUCUAGACAUCUGAGAGACUAUUCGUUGUAUUGGAACGAAAGUUUAAGAUAUUUUCAACAUCAUGUAAAGAUGUAACAUCGUGUAAACCAUUCCUAUUUUCGAGUGAAAGAUAAUUUAUUAGUUUGUUAUUUAAUAUUUAUUCUGUAUAUUGUCUUUUGAGAGUUUAUUUUAGAAAAUUUCAUAUGUGCUCAUUAGUCAAACAAUUUAUCGGAAGUUUAAACUCGAGACUUGAAAAAUUAAAUUGUUUUACAUUUUUAAAUGACAAUUAGUAAUCAAUUCUGUAAAUUUAGCAUCAGCUUCAUUGAUCAAUGAUCGUCAUUAUGACAUUUCGAACAAAAAACAAGUCUUGAUGCCAUAAUUAAUAGAAGCCAAAAAAUUCAGUAUUUGAGUUCCUAAUAAACUUUCGAUCAGUCGUUCCAACUAUAAGUAUAAUGACUACUACACAGUACACAUCCAACGUAGAAAUUAGAAAAUCUUUGUAAUAUUUAAAGUUUUAUCUUUUUAG